AUCGAACUUGCGCAGUGGGUUGACGAAGAAGCGCGAAACUGCGACGCCGUCGAUGUCGCUGGCUCCAGGUUACGCAGUCGAUGGCAAGUUUCCAGAUGUGAUUGAAGCUCUCAGGGAAGCAGGGUGGGUUGCAUGUCCACACCACACGUACCCGAACUGCAUGCUUCGGUUCACCAACUACGCCAAGAUUCAAUGGAGCUAUGUCAAGCCGCACCAGGUGAUUAACCAUCUUCAGCACGCAAUUCUUCUCAGCAAGAAGAACGAGCUCUUGCAACACCUCGAGUCUCGCCAAGGCGUCAGCGGUUUACUUCCACGAAGUACAACCAGUCUGGAUGCCUGGUUCGCCAUGUUCCUUUACGCUCAAGCUCUCCUUGUCCUUAAGAACCCAUCCACGUUCGCUGCAUAUCUUCCUGCAGCACGUUGCAUUGCUCACGAAAUCCAGCGUUUGAAUGCUCCAUCUCGGCGCGAGCAUAGUCUGCUUUUCAUGGACAAGACCUUUUUGUCCACCCACGAGGACAUCGUGGCAACCCUCGUUUCUGCCACACGUACAACCAUUUCGAGUUCCUCUAUCGGCUGCUGUGCGCCACCCAGCGAUGACGACGAUGCACUCCUGUUGUAUCUUGAAGCAUGCGAUCCACAAUUUCACUUUGUCUCGACGCGGAAUCUUUGGAUUGUCAAGCCUGCGGGGCUAUCCCAGGGCCGAGACAUCCAAAUCAUAUCGAGUCGGAUCGAGAUGGAAGCAUACAUGCAGGCCGCGAACAAGAGGCAAGUUGUGGUCCAGCAGUAUGUGGAGAGGCCGCUUCUGAUCUUCGACCGCAAAUUUGACAUUCGCCAAUGGAUCGUGAUCACGAACACGGCGCCAUUGACCAUCUACUGGCAUCGCCAGUGCUACCUCCGUUUUUCGUCCAAGCCGUACUCCCUAGCCCACGACGACGAUCUCAACGACACGUUUGUCCACCUGUGCAACCAUUCUCUCCAGAAAACAAAUCCCAACGACCAACACCCCGACAUUCCACAGCACAUGUGGAGCGUCGACCGAUUCCUCGUGCAUCUCAGGUGUCUCUGCAUCGCGUUUCGAACGCCAUAGAUUCCAACAGUCCGUUGCAUGCAGCCAGGUAGGUCGGCGCGAUUCAUGGGAUGACACGACGUUGCCGGCGAUGCAGCGCGCUGCCAUCGAAGCGGUCUUGUCUAUCCACUCCAAAUUGAAGCGUGUUGGGAACGGCUUUGAAUGGCUCGGCCUGGACUUUUUGCUCGACGAACGCAUGCAUCCAUGGUUGCUCGAGGUCAACGUGAGCCCAGACGUGAGCCACAGCACGUCCACCACAGCUGCCAUGGUGCCCCAAGCCACUCGAGAUCUCUUGAAACUGGUGCUGCCUCAGACACCAAUGCCCGGUGGCAGUCCUCCCUCGGCGACGGCGGCAUCCAACCGAGCCAAUGACGAGAACGUGUGGGUAUUGUUGUAUUGCAGCACCGACCCGGUCACUUAGCGGAAGCGACCAACGUGCUUGAUUAGUUGUAGUACACCAGCGUGUCGCGCGACUUGAUCUUGAAAACGCGCACCGCAGACGCCACAACGACAUUCGACCCUUUCUUUGUUGGUUCAGGCGUACCCAUCACUUGAAGCAUGUCACCUAGAGAUGGUAAACGUGAGGUCCCUGGGACGAGUCACGCAUGCAUGGUUGUUGCUGGCACCCAGUUGAAGGACUUGGACAAGGGAGCGCGGCAUCAGACACGUCGGAUCCUGCGGCAACGAACGUUCUUGAAGCAAAACAUGAGUCGUGGUCCCAUCGGCACUCUGCAAAUCGACAAAUGAAAGGUUUCCAUGCAGUGCUUGAAUGCGAGACACUGCGCCUGAUGCAUGGACGGGCAUGGCGGGCGCUUCGUCGAAUUGAACGGCCAGGACGGCGGCCACUCGAUCGAUCGUGUGGUGUAUUGAUG